AGUUAAAAGAACUUCAUCUGUCAUUAUGGAUAAAAAAAACUUGCUACUCUUGUAACUUUUAAGAAGUAUUUACUUGCUAAUGUUUACAUUCCCCCCCCCCUCCCCCAAGUCCACAAAACGUCUAGAAUUAAAAGAUCACAAACAAGAUGCUGGGGAGGGGGGGGGAACUCGGCAAGCCCGGCAGCAUCUAUGUAAAAGAGUACAGUCGGCGUUUCAGACCCAAUUUCGAGACCACACUCUUUCCCGCAGAUGCUGCCCGGCUUGCUGAGUUCCUCCAGCAUUUUGUGAGAGAUAAAAGGCGAGACGUUCCCACACGUUCCGAUCUACAACCAUUUCGGUAACUGUAGCAAUUCAAGCCUCACCUUGAGAAUAACCUAGUUUUUACUUAUAUAAAACUGGCAUUCGUUUCACACGGAGCUUGCGGGAAAAUUCAUUUUGUACAUAUUUUAAACUAAAAAUUAACGUUCCACUUUCAGGAGGUCAACUCUAUUACUUUUUGGAAGCAAUAAUUUCAAGAGGAGAUGCUUUCACGCCAGUCCCAAAAUUUAUUUAAACGAAACCUGCCACAUUUUUACCCACGUAAACGUAACGCCUGGCAGAUUUAUUCCUUCCGUAGCAAUUAAUAUUUGUAAAAAUAAUCAGAAGUUAUCGAAACGGCGAACAGAAUGAGGCAGUGGGCUGUGCAGUGGUCGGAGCUAGUGUAUGUGAUAAAAUUUAGUUUUUAGUUUUUAAGAUUGCAAUAUUCCUGAGCCUGUAAACUGACGCAGUCCGAAUCGAGAGGAAGAACACGAUUCAGCGGCUCCAACGUCAUCUAAGUGAGCGGAAACUCCGCAUUGCUGCUGCCCGCACAUUUUCUGUUGCUGAAAGAUCUCUGUGCGGCUUCCACCUGGGGCAUCCUGAACGAAAACAGAAAACGCCGCGGCAGGAAGGCCAACAUUGUCUCCUUUCCAGUGGCGCUGGCCGGCCGUGCUGGACCCUUCCAGUCCUUUAAUUUUCAGUUGGUUUACAGUCUGACUCCGUCAUCUACGCAGGUAGAAUGACCAAAAGGAUGGAUUGUAUUGAGAGAGCACCAAAGCACAAUGGCUUUGCUAUCUCGUACGUGACUGGUGAUCUGUUCGAAUGUCCAGCAGAAGAAUCACUGGCACACUGUAUCAGUGAGGACUGCCGUAUGGGAGCAGGGAUCGCAGUUACGUUCAGAAAUAAGUUUCAAUCCGUUGCCGAGCUACGGAACCAGAAGAAGAAGACUGGAGAAGUGGCAGUGCUGAAGAGAAACCAAAGAUACAUUUACUAUCUGAUUACUAAAAAGAGAGCCUUCCAAAAGCCAACUUAUGAAAGUCUACAGAGCAGCUUGGAGGCCAUGAAGAGACACUGUAUCAAUCAUCAAGUCACCCGCAUCUCAAUGCCCAGGAUUGGAUGUGGAUUGGACAAACUCAGCUGGAAUAAAGUUGCUGAGAGAAUUCAUGAUGUCUUUCAGAGCACUGAUAUUACUAUCACUGUGUACUCGCUGAAUCACUCUGUGGCCUGGCCCUUUCAGUGGAAAGGGGGCAAGUCUGGAUUGCUCAGAGGGGCAACUCUGGAUUGCCGUCAAAAACCAAAAUUGCCAAGUAGUUUGUGAUUGAACCUGGUUAGUAUGUUCAUCUAAAAGUGGGAAUAGUUUCUGAGUAGGAAAUACAAACAACAGGGUUUUGAUUAAAUGAAACCCUUUUGUUUGUAUUUCUUACAUUCUGUGGGAAUUUCAGAAUGCUGCUAUUCAGAUAAAAUCAUUUCAGAUUGGAUUCUGUGCUUAAAGAGUUACUAAUGUUGUUAGGGAAUGAAUGUUGAGAGUUUCCUAGAUCUCAUAUUAUAGAAAGUGAACAUGGACGUUUAACAAAGGAGAAAAUAUGAAGUUUGCCGUUUUGCUCCUGUUGACGGGGAGAGACAACACAGACUUGAAGGCACAACCUGAAAGUGGACUGGAACCAGGAAACCUGGAGAUUCAUUUGUGUAGAUCUUUGAUUGUAUUAAGAAUAGAUGGUAAAGUGUAAGAAUCUUGGAUGCCAUGUAUAAAGUACAACACUAGGAAUGUUGUGUUGAAUGUUUUAUAAAGUAUGCAUACUGUUCUGGUCAUCACACUUAAGAAACUGAAGCCUUUGUAUGCUGAUCAGAUUUGUGAAGGUGUUUCCAGGAGUAGAGCUACAAAUUUGGUUGGAAAAUCUGGGGUUGUUUCAGUAAAAAGGUUAGCUUGGAAUGUGAGGUAGAACUUUGUUUAGCAAGAGCUGAUAGCUUGCUCCUAUAAACAUGGGCAAUCAAUGAUUUCCAAAGGAAAUUGGCAUAGCACUUGAAGGAAAUCAGCUUAUAAACAUGUGUGGGAAAGUAGGUAAUGUGAUUGGCUGAAUGAGUGAACAGAGAGCUGAUGUUGACUUGAUGCACUGAAGUAAUAAUUCCAAGACCCAAUGACUAUUUUACAUCCUGCUGAUGAGGUGGGAAACAUUUGAUUAUAAACUAGUUGUUGUAUCAUGGGGAGCUUUAACAAAAUAUUGUGCUGAAAAUGAAAACAUUUGAGAUCAAAAGAAAAAUGCGAGAUAUAUUCAGCAGGCCAGGUGACAACUACAGAGACAAACAGUUGAGGCGACUACCUUUCAUCAGAAUGGGAGUUGUGGAUUCUUGGAAUUGAUAUUCUAUAAAAAGGAAGGGGGGAAGCGGGUGAGGGGGGCAUGGUGGAAGCUAGAAAGUGAUAGGUGAAGCCAGGAGGGUGUGGGGUGUGUUAGAAUUAAGAAACUGGGAGGUGAUAGGUGGAAAAGGUAAAGGGCUAGUGGAGGAAUCUGAUAGGAGAGGAGAGUGAACUGAGAGAGAAAGGGAAGGAGAAGGGUCCAGGGGAAAGUGAUAGGUGAAGAGAAGGGGUGAAAGGGAAACCAGAAUAGGGAAUUGAAGAACGGGGAGGGGAGCUUAGAAAAAUCAGUAUUCAUACCAUCAGUUUGGAGGCUAGCCACAUGGAAAAUGAGGUUAUGCUCCUCCAACCUGAGAAUAGCCUCUUCUUGGCAGUAGAGGAGGCCAUGGACUUGAACGUGGACUGUUUUCUACACAGAGAGAAAGUUCAAAAACCCAAGUUGCAAAGGGACUUAGGGAAGGGCCUCGAUAGAGUAGAUGCAAAGAGGAUGUUUCCUAAGAUGAGGGAGUCUAGUACCAGGGGGCACAGCCUCAAAACAGACAGACAUACGUUUAGAAUGGAGAUGAAUUUCUUUAGCCAGAGGGUGGUGAAUCAGUGGAAUUUGUUGCCACGGGUGGCUGCCCAAUCAUUGACUAUAUUUAAGAUGGAGGUUGAUAUGUUCCUAAUAAGUCAGCAUGUUAAAGGUUAUGGGGAGAAGGCAGGAGAAUUGGGAGGGAAAUAGAUCAGUCAUGGUCAAAUCAUGCAGCAGACUAGAUGGGCUGAGUGGCCUAAUUCUACUCCGACGUCUUAUGGUCUUGUGUCAAAAUGGAGAUUGGAAUUAAAAUGGUUGGCCACUGGGAAAUCAUGUUUUUAGCAGAUGGAGCGAAGGUACUCAACAAAGCAGUCCCCCAGUCUACGUCAGGUCUCAUCAAUGUAGCGAAAGCCAGAUCGGGAGCACCGGACACAAUGGACAACCCCAGAAGAUUCACAGGUAAUGUGUUGCCUACCUGGAAGGACUGUAUGGGGACCUAAUUGGAGGAAAAGUGGCCGAUGUAUCACUUUUGCUUGCAGGGAUAAGUUCCUGCAGAGAGAUCAGUGGGGGGAGUCAGCAGUAGACGCUCAUGGAGUGAGUACUGUUUCAGAUUUGCUCCAUAACCUUUACUUUUUUUAACCUAUGAUCACCCUUAUUUAACUUAUUUUUACCUACACCAAAAGAUUCUUGCUAUUUUCUUGGACUUAUCUUUAAGAGUUUAUUGUGAAUUUUGAAGAAAUGAAUACAGAAAUGGCUCUUAGAUCUAAAGGGCGAGAACCUGGGAAGAAUCCUAAUGGGAACGGAAAGAAGCAGUCUGAUCCUAAACGUACCGAAUUAACUUAUGAAUUGUUAUUGGAGGUUUUAAAUCAAAAAUUUGAAGAACAACGACAAAUUUUUAAACAAGAUAUAAAGGCUUUUCAAGAUUAUAUUGAUAAGACGGAUUCAGUAGUUAACCAGCAGCAAGUUCUAAUCGCAACUCUGCAAGAAGACGCUCGGAAGCGAGACUUGAUAAUUGAAAAACUGCAGCAGAACUUAUUUUCGAUGAUUAAACAGGUGGAAACACUUAAAGCCAAGAGUGUCGACUUUGAGAAUCGGUCCAGAAGACAGAACCUACGCAUACUCGAUCUCCCGGAAGGUAUCGAACAAGGGGACCCCAUGAAGUACUUUGCUCAACUUUUAAAGGAUGUGUUCCCUUCUGUAUUCCCAGACAGUCCUCCAUUACUCGAUCGCGCUCACAGAAUUAUGCGUCAAUCACCGAGUGUUUCAGCUAAACCACCGGUUGUAAUUGUCCGAUUUCAUUAUGUGCAUGUUAAGGAGCAACUUAUUCAUGUGGCUCGGCGUGUAGGAUUGGUCAAAUUUCAAGAUCACAAUUUCCGUUUAGUAGAAGAUUUUAGUCCUGAAAUAAUGAAGGCAAGGCUUCUUUUUAAACCUCUGAUGUCUGAAUUUUAUGAGAAAAAUCUAAAACCGGCGCUCUUAUACCCUGCGAAGCUCAGAAUCUCGCCUCCGAAUGCUCCACUUUGGGUUUCUCUUUCUACUUCUGAAGCGAGAAGCUUUCUGAAGGAGAACUCUCCUACUGUUACGGACACUCAUUUCUAAUAAAUGAGUGAUUUUGAUAGUGUAAGAUGGUUUUUAUUUCCAAAACCAGAUUUUCUUUCUGGCUAUUGGUGUAAGUUUACUCUAUAUUUUAUACUCUAGUUAAAGUUUUUUUUCGACAUACUAAUCUUUUUAUUUUACUUACUUCAACCACUGUACUUUAUCUUUGGUUAUUAUUAUUAAUCCUUUGAAGGUGAAGGUGAAUUUUUAAUCCUUUGAAGGUGAAUAUUUUUUUUACUAAGAUGGCGGUUUUUUCUUUAAAAUAGUUUUGGUUUUUUUUAUGAUUUCGCCAUUUUUUUUCUCUCUCGUCUUCUUCCUAUAAUGCAAUCUAAUGCAAUCUAACCCUAAUGCAUCUAUUAUCACAGUUUAAAUUUUUUUUUUGGUUUGUUUGGGUUUUAACCCGAUUUAUAAGUUACUAGUGAUUAUAUUCUUUUUUUUUACUACCAAUUAUAUUAAGAAGUUUGGUUUUAGUAUAGUGAUUAUAAUUUCUUUAGAGUUCGGGUGGAUUUUUCUAAUAUCCUUUAUAUACGGAGUUGUCUUCUGCUGAUAUGGGGGUAGAUUUAGUUCUUCUUUUCAAUUAAUUCCAUGGAUGAUAUUUCUUGCGGAACACUUUGGGAUACUUUUAAAGCAUAUAUACGUGGACAGAUUAUCUCUUACUCUGUUGGUCUGAGAAAACGCAUUAAGUAGGAAACUCUUUGAUUGGUUGAUAAAAUUAAAGAGAUUGACAAGAAAUAUUCGAUUACUCCUAGUAAGGAGCUUUACAAACAAAGGGUGGAACUUCAAACGGAACAUAGUUUAUUACUUACAUCUUUGAUUGAAAAUCAAUUAAUGAAAACCAGAUCUGAUUUUUAUAUACAUAGUGAUAAAUCGGGUAAACUGUUAGCUAGUCAAUUGAAGAAUGCUUUAGUUAAACGUCAAAUUACUAAGAUCCAUCAGCAGAAUGGGGAUCUGACAGUUAACCUUGAUGAGAUAAAUAAAUCAUUUCAAGAUUUUUAUACCUCCCUGUAUCAUUCCGAAUUCCCUCAUGAUCGUAAUACCAUGUGUGAUUUUCUUGGGAAAUUGAAUUUUCCAAAAUUAUCAUCAGAUGAUCUUUCAAUAUUAGAAACUCCUAUUACGGAUGCAGAAAUUAAAGGGGUUAUUUCCUCUAUGAAUUCUGGGAAAGCACCAGGUUCAGAUGGGUAUACAGUAGAAUUUUUUAAAUGUUUUUCCACUACUCUUUCUCAUUGGUUAGGCAGGGUUUUUGAAGAAGCAAUUAGAUUGGGCAAUUUGCCACAAUCUUUUUAUAGAGCUUCCAUUUCUUUAAUAUUGAAGAAAGAUAAAGACCCUACUGACUCUGCAUCCUAUAGACCUAUAUCCUUAUUGAAUGUAGAUUCCAAGAUCUUUUCCAAGUUACUGGCAUCCAGGUUGGAGAAGGUAUUACCCCAAAUUAUUUCGGAAGAUCAAAUCGGUUUUAUUAAAAAUCACUAUUCUUUUUUCAAUGUUAGGAGGCUAUUGAAUAUUGUUUAUACUCCUUCACAUAGCACUUCAGAAUGUGUCAUUUCAUUAGAUGCGGAGAAAGCAUUUGAUAGAGUUAAAUGGCCAUACUUAUUUAAUGUGCUGGAGAAGUUUAAUUUUAGUCCGACAUUCAUUUCCUGGAUUAAACUGAUAUAUCAUACUCCAGUAGCCUCGGUGCUUACUAACAAUCAAAGAUCUCCCUUUUUUCGUUUAUUUCGGGACACUAGACAAGGCUGUCCUCUUAGUCCACUAUUAUUUGAUAUUGCUUUAGAACCCUUGGCAAUUGCUAUCAGAGAAUCACAGAAUAUUCUUGGUAUUAAUCGUGGGAUAGAUAUACAUAAGUUAUCAUUAUAUGCAGAUGAUUUAUUAUUAUUUGUUUCUAAUCCUGAGAAAUCCGUUCCUGCAAUUUUAUCAUUAUUGGCUCAAUUUAGUGAUUUUUCCGGGUAUAAAUUAAAUCUUAAUAAGAGUGAAUUGUUUCUUUUAAAUAGACAGGUCCCAAUUUAUGGAAACUUACCUUUUAAAUUAGUUAAUGACUCUUUUAUUUAUUUAGGGAUUAAAAUCACAAAAAACUAUAAAGACUUAUUUAAGGUUAAUUUUUUACCCUUAAUCGAUCAGAUUAAAUGUUUGUUUACUAAGUGGUCACCACUAUCUUUAUCUCUGAUAGGUCGGAUUAAUGCUAUUAACAUGGUUAUUUUACCCAAGUUUUUAUAUAUAUAUUUCAAGCGGUACCAAUUUUUAUUCCGAAAUAUUUUUUUGCUAAUGUUGAUUCAAAAAUUUCCUCAUAUAUAUGGCAGAAUAAAAAUCCUAGGUUAGGUAAAAUAUAUUUACAGAAGGCAAGGAAGGAAGGUGGAUUAGCAAUGCCUAAUUUUAGAUUUUAUUAUUGGGCAGUUAAUAUCCGAUAUUUGAUAUGUUGGUUAAAGGAUUGGGAUAUAUCUUUUAGCCCUCAUUGGGUGAACCUGGAAAUUAAAUCUGUACAAGGAUUUGCACUGGGUUCUAUUUUAGGGUCUUCCCUUCCCUAUGCUCUUUCUAAAUUGCUGAAACGAAUUGACAACCCGAUAGUUAAACAUACUUUACGUAUAUGGUUUCAAUUUCGGAAAUUUUUUGGGUUGACUCAGUUUGUUUUAAAUAUUCCUAUUGUAUCCAACUGUUUUUUUUAUCCUUCUAUUAUGGAUCAAGCUUAUUCGGCUUGGAAGACUAAAGGAUUACUACGAUUUUCUGAUUUAUUUUUGGAUAACUGUUUUAUGUCUUUUGAGCAAUUAUCUAAUAAAUAUAAUUUGCCUAGAUCUCAUUUUUUUAGAUAUUUACAGAUUAGGAAUUUCUUAAAUACUUACUUCCUACUUUUCCAAAUUUUGUGUCUUCAGGCACUUUGGAGAAUUUGUUUGAACUAAACCCUUUUCAGAAAAGGCUAAUAUCAAAACUUUACAACAUAAUUAUGAAGAUACAUUCUGAGCCCUUUUAUAAGAUUAAAAAUGAUUGGGAAAGAGAACUUAACCUUACUAUCCCUAUUGAGAAUUGGGAUAAAAUUCUUCAAUUAGUUAAUACAUCUAUAUGUGCUAAACAUUCACUAAUACAGUUUAAAGUUGUGCAUAGGGCUCAUAUGUCCAAGGAUAAAUUGGCUCAUUUUUAUUCCUAUAUAAAUCCUAUUUGUGUUAGAUGUCAGUCUGAAAUAGCGUCUUUAACUCGUAUGUUCUGGUCGUGUCUGCUUUUGGAAAAAUAUUGGAAAGAUAUUUUUGAUAUUAUCUCUGCGGUAUUGAACAUUGAUUUACAACCUCAUCCUAUUACUGCAAUCUUUGGUUUACCAGUGAUGGACUCACUUCAUUUAUCCUCUUUUGCUUGUCGAAUGAUUGCAUUUUUUACACUAAUGGCUAGAAGAUCUAUUUUGUUGAAUUGGAAAGAAA